AUGGCGUCCAAGGCUACUGUUAUUGUCAAGAACAUCUCUGCCUCGACUAGCGAUGGCGAAGUCAAAGACUUUUUUGUCUUUUGCGGUAAGGUCACCGACAUCAAAAUCAGCACCGAGGGCGAGACCAAGACCGCAGAAGUCACCUUUGAGAAGGAGACUGCGAUGAAGACGGCUCUCCUUUUGACCAACACGCAGCUCGGCCCCAACCACAUCACCAUCACCAGCGCCAGCGGCACCGCCCCCGGUGACGACGUCGCGCACGACACCAAGGAGCGCGACUCGGACGAAAUCACGCAGGAGGAGAAGCCACGGGCGCGCAUCCUGGCCGAGUACCUGGCACACGGCUACGUGGUCGGCGAUGCGACCAUUGAGCACGCCAUCGAGCUUGACACCAAGCACAACGUGUCAACGCGCUUCCUGAGCACCAUUCAGAACCUCGACUCAAAGUACCAUGCGACGGACCGGGCGCGUGCGACGGAUCAGAGUUACGGCCUGUCGCAAAAGGCCAACCACUUUUGGACCGGCCUGAGCUCGUACUUUGAAAAGGCCAGCACCACGCCCACUGGCCGCAAGAUUGCCAAGUUUUACACGGACGGCUCCCGCCAGGUCCAGGACAUUCACAACGAGGCCCGCCGCCUCGCCGACCUGAAGAAGGAGGAGCACGGAGGCAGCGCGUACAAGGCCGCCGGCCUCGAGCGUGUCUUUGGACAGCAGAAGCCCAAGGAAGAGGGCAACGCCGCUUCUGGCACUGCUCCUGCUACUGCCGCGGGUGCUACCGCGCCCGCGCCUGCCGACACCAAGACUGCCGACACCAAGACUGGUUAA